CAACAAUGUCCGCGAACAUGAUCGCCCGACCCCACGUCGUCCCCCGCCCCACCAAGGGCAAGCUCAAGCUUCGUUGCUGCUUCGCCAUGAUAGACUCACCAACAAGUGCCACUAACGCUUUAGUUGUAUUGACUCGUAGAGGGAGCCGACGCCCUCAUUGAACAUCCUGUGCAACUGCUAGCCUCGUACCACCAUGUCUCACAGCCACUCACAUGAUUACGCGUCACAUUCGCACGCUGCGGCCGACCAUGGCCACACACACGAGAUCCUGGAUGGCCCAGGAAGCUUCCUCGGGCGCGAGCUGCCCAUCAUCGAGGGCAGAGAUUGGGAAGAGAGAGCCUUUACGAUUGGAAUUGGAGGGCCCGUCGGCUCAGGCAAGACAGCCCUCAUGCUGGCCCUCUGCAAACACCUGCGAGCUCGCUUCUCAAUAGCCGCAGUAACAAACGACAUCUUCACGCGAGAAGACGCCGAGUUCUUGACCAAGAACAAUGCUCUGCCUGCUGAGCGCAUCGUAGCCGUCGAGACAGGGGGCUGUCCCCACGCCGCAGUCCGCGAAGACAUCUCGGUCAACCUCCUUACGCUCACCAACCUCCAUCAAAAGUUCAACACCGACCUGCUCCUCAUCGAGUCCGGCGGCGACAACCUGGCAGCAAACUACUCCCGCGAACUCGCCGACUUCAUCAUCUACGUCAUCGAUGUCUCCGGCGGUGACAAGAUUCCCCGCAAAGGCGGUCCAGGAAUCACACAGUCCGACCUGCUCGUCGUCAACAAGAUCGAUCUGGCCGAAGCCGUGGGCGCCGACUUGAAUGUCAUGGAGAGGGAUAGCAGGAGGAUGAGAGAAGGUGGGCCAACGAUCUUCGCUGUGGUGAAGAAGGACCAGGGGGUCCAUGCGAUAGUCGACUUGAUUCUGUCGGCGUGGAAGGCUUCAGGGGCGGGGCAGGCGAGGAAGGACAAGUUUGAGCCCACGUUGAUGGAGGAGAAUGUGGAAGGAAAAGAGAGGAGCUACAGCAUGUCUUAGGCGUUGAACAGGCAGGCUUAAUCUAGAAAUAUGGAUUGGUGAACUACGCGAAGCGUCUCCAUGUUAUAUGGGGCUGCCCAAGUCCCCUAGAAGGUGCUCAAUGCACUACAUGUUCAUAUUUUAGCUCUAAAUAAUCACCGUGAAGUAAACAGCCAAUCCAAUACUCUUUUAUUGACCUG